AAGCUUUCACAGCAAACAUUUCCUUGACUUACAAUUAGUAAUCAAUACAUAUUGAAAUGGAUCGUUGGUUGAAUCGUGUUGCUGUUGUCACUGGGGCCAGUUCCGGUAUUGGUGCAGCCUGUUGCAAGGAUCUGGUGGCCAAGGGAAUGGUUGUCGUAGCUCUAGCACGACGUGAGGAGAAACUUAAUGACCUAAAGGCCUCUCUGCCAGCUGAUCAGGCCAAACGUUUCCACACCCGGAAGUGUGACGUCAGCAAUGAGAAACAAGUCGUUGAGACCUUUGCUUGGAUUGAUAAGAAUCUAGGUGGUGCAGAUGUCUUGGUAAACAAUGCAGGAAUCCUGCGAGAUACAUUCAUAACAAGUCCCAACAAUUCCGAUGAUCUUCGUGCUAUCUUGGACACAAAUGUUCUCGGUGUAUCCUGGUGUACACGUGAGGCAUUCCUCUCACAACAACGUCGUAAGGUGAACGAUGGUCACAUAGUCAUCAUUAACAGUGUGGUUGGACACGGAGUGCCUGUAAUUCCUGGCUUUAACUUUAACAUGUAUCCACCAUCGAAACAUGCCAUCACCGCCUUGACCGAAAUCCUUCGUCAGGAGUUCCAAACUAAGGGAACUAAAACUAAAGUCACAAGUAUUAGUCCUGGUGGAGUUGAUACUGAGAUUAUCAACGAUCAAGUCCGCAAAGAUCAUCCCGAAUUUCUUAUGCUGCGUUCUGAAGAUAUUGCCGAUGCGGUAACCUAUUGCAUUCAGACACCCCCAAAUGUUCAAAUCCAUGAACUAACUAUCAAGCCUGUUGGCGAGAGAUUCUAGACUAAAUUUAAUUUGGAAUUUCAUCGGGCGUUGCCCCUUUAAUUGAAGUAGUAUUGUUUAUUAUGAAAGAAUUUUUAUUAUGUAAAAGAAAUAAAAAUUGGAUUCAACUUUAA